UCUUCUAUUUAAGUCCUUGUCCCGCCCAGCUAUACACGCAUUUCCAAAACCUAUCGUAUACAUCCAACCUACUACCGAAAAUCACGCUCGACAAACUUACAGUCAAGCCCCAAUUGACCAUUCCAACCAACUCAUCUCAAUUGUUCAGUUGACCAACUCGUCAAACCGCAAUCAUGCCUUUCACCGCCAGCGAUAUCUGCAAGAUCAUCCUUGCCGUUGUCCUCCCACCUCUGGGUGUCUUCUUCGAGCGCGGAUGUGGCGCUGACCUGCUCAUCAACAUCCUGCUCACCAUCCUGGGUUACAUCCCUGGCAUCAUUCAUGCCCUCUACAUCAUUCUCAAGUAUUAAGCGCCUGGAUGGCGCACCCGCAAAGCCGCUGAGACCUUUCGAUCGGGCCUAGUCGGCGGAUGCCCCUUCCCCUCAGAGAUCAAUAUUCUUUAUUAAGCCGCCAUAUGGAGUUGUGGUUGUCUCACACCGACGGAUCAACGAGGCCCAGCCACCGGUUUCCACUGUGUCCUGCCGCUAAGCGGGGCCCGGCGCGUACGCCGUUGCUGGCCGCAUUCGUCACCAACUCCUUACCACCGAAGAAAGGAUUUUCAACAAUCAGGGGGGGGGGGGGG